GCUGCCCAGAGCCUGGGGAAGGGGAGCCAGUGCAGGAGGUGACUGGAGCCGCGGCGGCGGCGGAGGCAGCGGUGGCGGUUCCCUCAGCCACGGCAGCCGAGGCUCCAGCCUCGGCCAGGGCGGCGCAGCAGACAAUAACUGGGCUGGAAAACGAACCGGGCCGGACCCACUGUGAUGCUUCCUGACUGAUGACGUCAUAAUAGUGCCCAGAAGCCAGAGCGCUGCAUUUCCAGCUGAACACACCUGAGUUGUCCCCAUCACCAUGGAGACCCGAAAAGAUGAAGCUGCUCAGGCCAAGGGAGCAGCAGCGUCUGUGGAUACCCAGGACCAAGGGGCAGAGAAAGGAGCCCAGAGCAAGGCCGCUGAGACGACAGAAGGGCCAGCAUCAGAGCCACCCUCGUCUGGCCCAGGUAGGCUGAAGAAAACUGCCAUGAAACUCUUUGGUGGCAAGAAGGGCAUCUGUACCCUGCCUAGUUUCUUUGGAGGGGGACGGAGCAAAGGUUCUGGGAAAGGCAGCUCCAAGAAGGGGCUUAGCAAGAGCAAGACCCACGAUGGCCUGAGCGAAGCGGCCCGUAGCCCUGAAGACAUUGUCAGUGAAGGACCCGGCCUCUCUUUACCUUUGCCCGAGUCGCCCUGCCAGCUUCCCAGUUCCCAGAGCGCCCACGGGGCUUUGGAGACAGGCUCCAAGCACAAGACGUCUGUGGUUGCAGCCGUAGACAAAGCUGGGGCCGAGAAGGUUUCCUCUGUGCCCAAGCCAAAGAAAGGCCUGAAAGGUUUUUUCAGCAGUAUUCGCCGUCACCGGAAGAAUAAGAUUUCUGGUGCUGAGCAAAGGGAGCCAGGGCCCAAGGGGCCUGAGGAGGCCAGAGCCAGGCCUCAUGAGCACGUGAGCUCUGUCCUCCCAUCCCACGCUGAGGAAACCCUUCCAGACCCGAGAAAGGAAAAUGCCAAACACCAAGAUGCCCCUGGGCCAAAUGUUUCUUCCGCCUCAGAGCCUUCUGGAGCAGCCGCUGAGAAGGCAGCCUGUCAAGAUCCAGAAAAACCCGUGGGCGGCUGUGCCUCAGCACUCCUGCAGCCCAGUCCUGCCCCCGAAGCCGGUGGCCCAGAAGAGCCCCAGAGCCCAGAAACAGGGGAGAAGGUGGUGGCAGGAGAGGCAAAUCCACCCAAUGGCCCUGUGGGGGACCAACUGAGCCUCCUGUUUGGAGAUGUCACCUCCCUGAAAAGUUUUGACUCACUGACAGGAUGUGGUGACAUCAUAGCAGAGCAGGACAUGGACAGUAUGACAGACAGCAUGGCCUCUGGAGGCCAGAGGGCCAACCGAGAUGGGACCAAGCGAAGUUCCUGCAUGGUCACCUACCAAGGAGGUGGGGAGGAGAUGGCCUUGCCAGACGAUGAUGAUGAGGAAGAGGAAGAAGAAGAGGACGAGGAGGUAGAAUUAGAGGAGGAAGAAGAGGAAGCCAAGGUGGAAGAAGAUGAGGACUUAGAAUAUCUGUGGGCAAGUGGUCAGAUGUACCCAAGACCCAAUGUGAACAUGGGCUACCAGGCCACCACUUCGCCAGGCCACCAGGGCUAUGUGCUCUUUGACCCAGUCCGGUCUUACCCUGGCCUGGCUCCUGGAGACCUUUUGACUCCUCAGAGUGACCAGCAGGAGUCUGCCCCCAACAGCGAUGAGGGCUAUUAUGACUCAACCACACCUGGAUUUGAGGAUGAUUCCGGGGAGGCCCUGGGGCUUGUCCGCAGGGAUUGCCUGCCCCGAGACAGCUACAGUGGCGACGCCCUCUAUGAAUUCUAUGAGCCAGAUGACAGUCUUGAGGAGUCCCCACCGGGGGAUGACUGCCUUUAUGACCUCCACGGUCGCAGCUCUGAGAUAUUCGACCCUUUCUUGAACCUUCAGCCCUUUUCUUCCUCUCGGCCACCUGGGGCCAUGGAGACAGAAGAAGAACGCCUGGUGACCAUCCAGAAGCAGUUGUUGUAUUGGGAACUUCGGCGGGAGCAGCUGGAGGCCCGGGAGGCCCGGGAGGCACGUGCCCGAGAGGCUCACACCAGGGAGGCCUAUGCAAAAGAAGCUCACGCCAGGGAAGCUCACGCCCGAGAGGCUCACCCCCAGGAAGCUCACAUCAGAGAGGCCCGAGGCCGAGAGGCCUAUGCCAGGGAGGCUUGUGCCCGCGAGGCCUGUGCCAGGGAGGUCUGCACCCGAGAGGCCUGUGCCAGGGAGGCCCAGGCCAGAGAGGCUCGUGCUCGAGAGGCUCACAUCCGAGAGGCCCAGGCGUGGCCGGAGAAGCCCAUCAUAGAGUAUCAGAGGAGACCCUUAGGCCCAUCGGUGAUGGGCCUGGUGACAGGAAAAUCAGGGAGCUCUCAGACUUCACACCGAGGAACCACGUCAGCUUUCCCUGCCACAGCGGGCAGUGAGCCAGACUGGAGGGACUUCCGUCCUCUGGAGAAGCGUUUUGAGGGAACCUGCUCCAAGAAAGAUCAAAGCACCUGCUUGAUGCAGCUCUUCCAGAGCGAUGCUAUGUUUGAGCCAGACAUGCAAGAAGCCAAUUUUGGAGGGUCUCCCAGGAGGGCCUACCCUACUUACUCACCCCCUGAAGAGCCGGAGGAAGAGGAGGUUGAGAAGGAAGGCAAUGCCACCGUGAGCUUCUCGCAAGCCCUUGUGGAGUUCACCAGCAAUGGCAACCUCUUCUCCAGCAUGUCCUGUAGCUCCGACUCCGACUCCUCCUUCACUCAAAACCUCCCUGAGCUGCCCCCCAUGGUGACCUUCGACAUUGCUGAUGUGGAACGGGAUGGGGAAGGCAAAUGUGAAGAGAAUCCGGAAUUCCACAAUGAUGAGGACCUCGCGGCCUCCUUGGAAGCUUUUGAGCUAGGCUACUACCAGAAACACGCCUUGAACAACUACCGCAGCCGAUUCUACCAAGGCCUGCCCUGGGGGGUGAGCAGUCUUCCUCGAUACUUGGGACUGCCUGGCAUGCACCCACGGCCUCCACCUGCCGCCAUGGCCCUCAACAGGAGGAGCCGCUCCCUUGACACGGCAGAGACCCUGGACCUGGAGAUGUCCGAUUCCCACCUGGCCCCAGGCUACAUGGAGUCUGAUGAGCUUCAGCCUCAGCAGGAAGAUUCGGAUGAAGAAGAAGAGGAAGAAUGGGGCCGAGACAGUCCCUUGUCCCUCUAUACUGAACCUCCAGGGGCCUAUGACUGGCCUGCCUGGGCUCCCUGUCCUUUCCCAGUGGGGACAGGCCCUGCCUGGAUAAAUAGCAGCCAGCCGGAUGGGCCUUCUAGCCAGUCUCCCUACGGGCAGGCAGCCUGCUGCGUACCUCCUGCAGCUAUGUCAGUAUUGCUGUCAGGACCAGGGCCAGAGCCAAGGGCACCUGGGGAAUCCGGGCCUCAGCUAGUUCGGCCUUCGCACCUACCCCUUCCCAUAGGCCCUUGUUAUAACCUUCAGCCUCAGGCCUCCCAGAGUGCGAGGGCCAGGCCUCGAGAUGUGCUGCUGCCUGCCGAUGAGCCCAGUUGCUCCUCCAGUUCUGGAGGCUUCAGCCCCAGUCCUCUUCCCCAGGCCAAGCCUGUGGGCAUCACCCACGGCAUCCCUCAGCUGCCCAGGGUCCGGCCUGAGCUCCCACAGCCUCAGCCCAUUCACUACGGGGCUUCCAGCCUCGACCUGGCGAAGGAGAGGGCUGGGCAAGGUGCCUGUCUCCCCAGCAGCUACUCCUCCACUGCCGUGAAAGGGAAUCUAGCUGAGUAGUCGUCACCAAUGCUGGAGCCGGGGGCAUGGGGCCUGAGCAUGUGAAUGGGGAUCCGGGGUUGGGCAGAGGGAUUGGGGGGUGGGGGUUGCUGUUUCACUUGAAAAUCUUUUGGGCCAAGGAAAGCUCGUAUGAGUUUUCGCCUUUGCUUUCCCACUUCCGUCUUUUGCCAUCUGUGGCCACGUUCAGCUCAAGUACAUCUGCCCCGGGAGGCUGCUGCUGCUGCUGCUGCUGCUGCUGCUGCUGUGCUCCAGUUUUUGCUUUCGGGGUUUCUUCUUGUGACCCGUGCAGGGUUCGGGAUGCUGUAAUUUUGUGCCUAUUCCAGUUGCCAAGUUAGUGAAUAUAUAGAGAGCAUGCAUCCUUGACACAGGCUGAACCCUUAGCACCCCCUGCCACCUCACCACCCAGUGAAUGAUGAACCCCCAAUGAACAGCCAGGUCUGCACUGCCUCCCCCGUGGGGGCAGGGGGCCUGCUUGCUGUUAGCAAUGUGAAAUUAUGGUACAAUGCUCCCCACCCCCACUCCAUUCCGUCUUGGCAUAGCUGCCACCAUUACAUCAGAUGACUAUAAUCUAUUUGUCCCAGCUAGCUGUCCUUAGAGAGGAUCAAGUAGCAUGUAUCUCACCGCCUACUGCUGUGGACUUUGGCAUCGUAACCAGAUGGGGGCCUUUUAACCUGGCCCGCCAUAGCUUGGGUUGAAGACAAAAAUGCUAAUCCCCUUAAUGGAGUGAUCAAAUUAAUCCAGUUGCAGUUGCAAACGGAAGACAAAAUAGGCUUCUCUCACAGACAUUGCCAUAAGUCUUGAGCUCUGGAAUGAUAGGAUUUUCGUUUCUCCCUUUUCCUCUCUUAAGCUUGUGACUUCCGGAGUUACAGGUGCUUUUGAAUGUCGGUUCUUUUUUUUUUCUUCCUCCAAAGGAAAUGGACAUAAUCUCAUCACAAAGAAUACAUUCUUUUCAUUGAGAUACAAGAAGAGAAGCAGCCUAAAUUAGGCUUGGCUCUAGAGGUUGGGGUUUUUGCAGGUUCCCAGGGGGAAGGAUGGGAAACGGAGGGCCGUUUGUCUGAGGCAACAGGAGAGAAGAUUUCAGAGUUUGCCGAGCCUGAGGCAACCCAGCUUCUGAGAGGGGAAAAGAGCUUCCCCCCCUUAAAAGUAAUUCCUUAUACCUUGUGCACCCCUUCGUUUGGAUGCUGUCAAGAAGCUCCAGGCCAGCACUCCCAAGAGACAGUAUACCAAAGGCACCUAGGCUGCUGUUCAGGACUCUAAAGAACUUCCAUCAUUUUGCAAUUAGCUGAGCCCUUAGCAUCAUCAAAAGACCAGGCUUCUUGAGAGGGAAGACUGUGACCUGCCCUCACACUGCCAAGCUUCAGGAUGCCGAUUCACAUGGCAGUUGUAGCCUUUAUGGAAUGAACGGCACCCUCCUUUGUCCUGUAUCCAUCCGCACAGUUCUAACGGUAAACUAGCUUGGAAAUACUGGUGGGGAGAAUUUGCUGUCGGGAAGACAUUGCACCAGGCUAAUCUUCCCCCCAGGCUUGGCCUCUCAUUAAUCAGCAAUACGAGAGGGUUUCUUUUAAAUUUCUUGAUUGGAAAUAGCCAAUGGGAUAUUUUUUACCAGGAUGUGUUGACCCAGACAAAUGAUGACUGUUGCCCACCCGCCCCCCACAGCCGCUC